AUGACUUGCAGGAUGACAGUGACGACAGACCGAAUGCAUCCGGAGGACUCUGCCGAGUGGGCGCACGCGACUCGGAGGGUCUCUUCCGUUUACAUGCAAGCGUUUCUCUGCUCUAUCCUUUUCAUGACAAUCGGCUUUUAUUUCUUUUCUACUGAUUUCCAAGUGGCUCCUGAUAACUACACUUUGCUUGCGCACUCGUACAGAGCUGACUACACGCACAUGACCACGAUCACAUUUGAUGAGGUAUGAAAUAUCUGCGUGCAAGUUGGAUUCUUGAAUUAACCAUCCCCCCCCCCCCGCUUUAAGGCUUAAACUGUCUUUGCAGGUUAUAUCUUCAAUGAAUCCAAAGCAUCCUCUUCACAAAAUACUCGCUCGAGAUUAUUUCCGUUACUCCUUCGGCACGGUCUUCAAGAACCACUGUUACCUUUUCCCAUAUCCGGAAGGAUACUCCCUGCCCUCGUUGCUCCGCAGAAUGACGUUCUCCGCGCCUGCUCAGGUGGCCAUGAGGACUGCAGUGCUCGUUUCCAUCACCGUCAGAGUGAGUCACUUCGUUGCGAACUGAUCAAUACACAAACGUCUGCAGAUGGUCACGACAAUGUGCCGAAGCGCUGACAUCCUGAUGCAGAACACUGCAAAAGCAUCGCAAAUCAGGUGCCUGUCGUGUCUGUGCUCUGUCGCCGAUCUGCUCACUUCUAUUCUCGGAAUGUUUGUCACCUGUCUCCAUGACGGAAUCGAUUCGGCGGCCAGUGAGUGACACGUGGCCAACAGGAACUCCUAUUUACUUCCGUUUUCAGUGGGUUUCUUGGUCUACUACGCUCUGCCGCUGUUUGGAGUAUCCUUCUUUACCAGUGGAGUUCUAUACACUUCCAUCGAAUACUAUGAUUCCAAGAGAAAGGUAACCGCUCUUCCACCAUUCGGACGGUCCCUCACUUCUGAAUUCAGAGCACGCGCGUCCUGGAACGUGUCUUCUGCCUUGCUCUUUUCGUGCUUUGUUUGCCAGUUGUUACCCGUGAUUACAUAUCAUUUUUGCUCUCCAAACCUUGUUUAUACCAUGGUUAGUUGACAGUCUUCAAUUGUGCCACGACGACGAUAUUAUAAUUUAUCAAUCGCACGCGCACUUCUUAUCACGUUUAAACUUUGGAAUUUCACUAGUAGUGACGUGGUGGCGCGACCAAUUUGAUGCUGAUAAAAUAGAGGUGGACAGACAUGUGAUAUGUUCUAAAUACGGUAGAUUGAGUGAUCAAAGAGGUCAAUAUUGCAGUGGAUUGUCUGACGGCCAUCUGCGAAUACACUUGCAUCGCAAGCAUCGUCGUCUUUUAUCUGACACAAGUGGAAGACUUUACGUGAGAGACAAGGAAUCGAGCGGCACGAGAUGAUGUCUGAAAUUGCAGAAAGAUGGAAAUGGUCCUUUCGACGGAGAAAGUGGAGACCAUGUGCUGCAUGGAUUGCGUUGAUUUUCCGGACUACAAACCCGCCAUGCUCCAUGAUUUCCACAAAAUGCUCGAGAGACAGAAGGCUUUGGAAGAGAGCCGUCUCCACAAAUCCGUCAUUUUUGUCUGGUGAUCUUUGACUGUUUAUUUAGGUGAAUAGUUAGUUCAUAUUUCUUGUUCCAUCGGGUCUUUCCCUUUUGUCUCCUUCCGCACAUCUCCUGGUUUGCUCGUCUGCCCCGUCUUUCUUUCUGAUCUCCCUCCCUGUGCUCAACAAAUAAAAUGUUCUUCGUUGAAUUUAUUUCCGUCCUUAAUACCGCCCCCUUCUGCCUCCUUCCUCCCGAGAUAAUCAACAGGACAAAGUUCAGCGGCCGCAGUGAUAUCAGUAACAUGAUGUAAAAGAGUUGGCGUUGAACACGAAAACUGACUAUGCGAGGGGCAUAGUACAAACGGAUUGUCCCUUCUUAGUGUCAAUGGUUUCCAGAGAGCAUCGGGAUUCAUCCGCCGACGCGCAAAUACUGACAAACCAUCACACAAGCCCCGAGUUUCGCAACCCCUUCUCUCCGCUGCAACGCAUAGUUACACUUAUCAGCAGUUUCAUCGAGCAGUUCGGAGACUCGAUCGACUGUCUCUUUUGUCAGCACGAUCAAACAAUCGGCCGAUUAAUGUGCGACAGCGUUUAGUCGGUCCCCGCAGACGCGUGUUAUUUCGAACCCACUGGUCAUCUUGGAACAAACUGCAAGAGGGCGCUGAUCUGUGAAUAAUUCAUCCGUUUGUGAGUGAGGACAGUUCAACACCAAAACAGUCAUAGAUUGGGAACGAAUUCAGGUGUGGACAGCCAUAUUAUGAUCUGACCAAAAGUUCACCUCCACAACUUUUAUGCCGGACAUCGCUAAAGGAAAACUGGUCCCUCUGGAAGAUUGCCCAACAUCAAGGACAUCGAAGGCGUCCUAAACCUUCGUAAACUCAUAUUUUGACUUGAUUGCCUGACGUAGACGAUGACGACGAUACGAAAGAUCGCGUACAAAAGUUUUUCGAAGAAUAGCAUGAAAACAGGAAGUUGACAAGGCAUUUCAGAACAAUUCAGGUAGAUCGUGUACAAUUUUGGACUGAUUAACCUUGCACGAAUCAACUCGAAAAAGUACACAUCGAUCAGGCCAGAUAACGGGAAUUAAGGUAUUCGUUUGAGACGUUGUCAUUCUCGGGUGUGAUUUCUGACGUGAACGUUUGGAUGAUCCGAUCGAGGAGUGCUUUUGCAUUGAAGAAUUCUGAAGACUUCUGAAAGCUUCUGGUGAAAGUGCAUCUUCAAGAUGCAAAAUUAUUUCUGUAAAGGCAAAUUGUACCAAACUUUCAUCGCGGUUUCCUUGAAGUUCCUAUGCCAGGAGUAUUUUUUGCUCAAGACAAAAUGAUCUCUUGGCCACACGCUGAUCAGUUCCAAUUUCGGUUUUUUUCGGUCUCUUUGCAUCUAUCGGUCUCCGCCCAAACCGAUUUUUUUGCCCUUUUCGCUCAUCGAACCCUCAACUUCUCCUCCUUCAGUCAUCUCUAUCAUCUUCGCAAAACGGUUCCUAUGACACUUUCUGACUUGACCUCCCGAUCACAUCUUGGCCAGACUACCGAUUGGUCAAACACCAGUCGCGGACGACAAAAAACGAGAAUAGAUGAGUCCGACGAGAGACGAUAACGGAACACAGUUUCAGAAAGUUCUUCUCUUUCACAACUACAGGCAAAACGGACAAUGUUAUCUCUGGUGAGCUACUCGCGCCCACACGACCCAAAGGCUCUAAUCACACUACGGAAUGGGCGUUGAUCUGAUGGGUGACGUACUGUUUCAUGAUCUGCAACAGAGUGGGCGGACGGGUGAAGCGCGUGCAUUUUGUGCUCUUUCAGAGAAACAUCAACUUUGAAACUUGAGAAAAAAUAACGUCAAAACAUGAUCUCUGAAAGAACAGUACGUCAGUGUUGACACGCAGUUGACAACACAGGAUUGAGGUCAGAGUCACACUUUUACUCACUAGUCAGUGUGAAGAAAUUAUCCAUUCCAGAGAGCUAGAGCUUCUUGAUCAAGAGGUUGACGCAAAAAAUUAAAUUGAUCUGAGGGCAGUAAGUUUUCAGGGGGAAUUAAGAUUAAGUUCGAGAUCUCAUUGGAAUUUCUCACCGGGAUUCCUGACGAAUGGGAAUCUCGUCUAA